CUGGCUACUGCUUGAAAAAAAUAACAUUAAACAUGAAGGUAAAAUAACGUACAGACAGAUAAAGAGUAAAAAAUGUUUGGCAAAAACAAAAAUGUGCCAUAAGCUUUCUUUACCCUGACAGUCUUUACUGAGGGAAAUAUGUACCAUAAACCACAUACUAUAAUUGCUUCCUGGUCCAUUGGAUCGUUAGGAAACACCCAUGGGAAACGCUUGACACAAUCAGAACAACCAUUUCCAGGUUUGUACAUAAUGGAGGCUGUCACUAACACAUUUGAAAGUGUAAAAGCGGCGAUCUUAUCAGCUCAUGAAAGCACCACAUCAGUAGAAAAAGUCAACUUCUACAACUCCUGGGCAGAGAACUAUGAUCAGGAUGUGGCUGUUCUGGACUACCGUGCACCAAGUCUGGCAGCAAACAUCAUCUCCUCCCAUUUCAGCAGUGAUCGUGAAGCAGCUGUAGUGUUGGAUGUGGCCUGUGGUACAGGACUGGUGGCCAAACAGAUGAAAAGACAUGGAUUUGGACAUUUUAUGGGCAUCGAUGGAAGCGAGGCUAUGUUGAAGUUGGCCAGAGAAAGUGGGUUGUACCAGGACCUGAAACAGUCCUUGCUGGGAGAGGGGCCGCUGCCUGUCCAGUGGGGUUUGUUUGAUGUGGUUAUGAUCGUUGGAGCACUGAGUGUUGGUCAUGUCCCGGUUCGUGUCGUCAGAGAGUUGUGCGAGUCCACCAAACCAGGUGGCUACAUUUGCAUGACAACCAGAAGUAACCAUGACAAUGUGGAAUACAAAGCCGCCCUGGAGCGUGAGCUCAAGCAGAUGGAGGACGAAGGGCUCUGGACUUGUGUAGAGGUGGCUGAGGUGGAAGACUGGGAGAGAGCGGUGUCACAGCAGGAGGAUGGAUACAUAGCUGGUGCCGUGUACCUCUAUAAGAAACUAAAACUAUAGCACGUUGCACAUCAAUGUAGAUGCAACGUCACAGCAGCAAAAGUACAAAACAACUCAAGAAGAUACAAAAUAUUCAAAUAACUCACUUUACUCACAAUAACACAAGUGUUCCUUUUUAAAUGAACAGCAUCACAGGUCAGGCAGCACAAAUGUCAGUGAGGCUUUGAUUCACAUUAAUGUUCAAACAGGAAAAGUGGUGAAAUAAAGCACUCUCUAAACAGUAUGCAUACAAAAUCCUUAUUUUUGAGUGUAAUGCACAAAGAAAAUGGAGGUGCUGUGUUUGUUAAUAUACUAUAUAGACUGUGUGUGUGUGUAUACACAUAUACAGUAUCUGGGCAUAGGGCUGUCAAAAGAAGAUGGUUGAGAUUACAAUGUUACUUACAGACUUGCAAGAAAAAUACACCUGUGAUUGUUGAUGAAUGUGCUGGUGGUGUAUAAUACAUUUCAAUUACAUAAAAAGCUGUUGCUAUUUGAAAAGGUCUUGAAUAUAUUUGUAGUCAAAUUUUAAACAUUAAAACAUAACCUGCAUAAUAUGGAGGGAUGAAGAGUCAAUUUAUUUUGAUCUGACAAGGUCUGGUGUGUUUGAGUGCACCACUGACCAAAGGAUGGCAGUGUUUUUCAAGUGGUCUCCUGGUGCUGUACAGCCAAAUAUUGUUAAAGCCCACUGAACUUAAUUUAAAUAUUUUGGCUUACUUCAGUGUAGUUUUAUUCAUGUAUUACUAAUUUUUUGUAUUCUCUCCCUUUCAAUUGUAUGCAAAAAAAAUUUUACAGGUUUAGUUCAUGUAUCUACACAAAGUCUUCUCUAAAGUUAGACUUGUGCAUUUUGGACAACUGGCAUUAUUAAAUUAUGACUAGCCAAUGAUGCUGUUGCACAUUUGAAUAAGAAAAACCCAAAUAACACAUGUUCCCAAAACAUGAUUCACUGAAACUGAAUUUGAAUGUUGUACAAACACACUGCGCCUCCCUCCUCUAACCCUGCACACCUCUGCGGUAAACACAUUCUCUGUCAAACCUGUUUGACCUGUACAUUUGAAUAGCCAAGGCUGAAAGUCCAGGAGGAUGUUGUUUCCUUUAAAGGCUCUUUUCAGCUUAUGAUGUAUGACAUGUUAGCAUGUUUUUCAAUAUAUUUAUAUUAGUAAAAAAGACUGGCUUGCCCAAUCAAAUUAUAGUAAUUUAUUGAAAAGUAAACAUACAAAUAUCUGUCAUUAAUAUAUGUACAACAAAAUAAACAUAAAAUCACAUUUCAUAGUGAGCGAAAUCUAAAAAGUAACUUUUUAUGUGCAAAAGUGGAGUUUUCCAUGGCUAUAGAACUCAUCCAAUGAGGACAUACAUGUACAGUACAUGAAUUCA